AAAGAGGAAAAGAAAAUAAAAUAAAAGAAAAGAAAAAAAAGAAAAGCAAAAAUGCUUACUCCAUCAUCAUCAACCUGACUGAAAUUGACUAGGGAAACUACUACUAUUCAAGAAGAAAAAGAGAGAAAAUAAGCGGAACCAGUGAAAAUUGGAGUGAAGAAGGAUGCAGAAAAAGUCCUCUCAUUAUAACUUCUACUGUUCUAAGAAUUUUAGGGUUUUAGAGGAUGGAUUCUUCACCUGAACAACCUUCCAAACCCAACAAUUCAACUCAUUCUCCACCUUUGCCAAUCCCUCCUCUUCAAGUCCAGGAGUCCCCAGUUUUCUCUUACAUAAGCAACCUGUCUCCAAUAAAGCCUGACAAGGCUGCACUCGGUUCACAGGGAUUCCCUGGAAUCAAUUCUCCUCCCCUUGUAUUCAGAUCUCCUCAUAUAAAUCCAAAUAGCCAACCAAGUUUCCUUAAAAGGCCCCAGUCUGCUGGAUCAUCAGAUGCAGGAUUAUCUGAAGAGCAUGAGAGUUGUAAAGAUACUCUUACAGUUGCGGAGGAAUCUAGGGUAUCAAGUUGCCAUUUGAGCAGUAGGUUGAGAAGUUGCCCUCAAAAAGAAUUUAUUGACGAUUCUAAACCUGAAAAAGCUAGCAGCCCUCCAGUUUGUGGCAAUGAUUACUUAACUGACAUUGUGAACAUGGAUGGUGGAGAUUCUGAUUCUUCAGCGAAUUUGACUCCUAAAAGCUCUGAUGAUGUCUCCCAGUCACAGCAUGAAUUAUUAGACUCAAAAGAAUCUGCAGAAAACACUGAGGACAAGGAUGAUACGCGAAGAGAAGAGAUGAAAAUGGGAGCUGCUUCUGUAACAUUGGAGCAAGCUGAAGAGUACAAUCUUAAAGACUCACCAUCUGAUCUUAAGUCUGUUGUACCAGAUCAGAAUUCAGGAGAUGGUAAUGGGCCGCCUGAUUUACACCCAAGGGUUGAGCCAGACAAGUCUGUAGGUCAUGCUUUGGAGAAUCAAAGUGGAGGGCGUUCAAUGGCCGAGAAUGCAGGAUCUGGUCAUGUGAUUGAAGUGGGAUGUAACUUGCUGUCAGAAUCUCUGCAAGUUGCACAGGAUUGUGGAAGAUCUCUCGAGAAUGCAGGAGUACAAUGUACUGAAUCGCUCGAGAACAAAGUGCAUCGUCACUGUGCUCAGAUUGUUCAACACCAGCAUGGCAUAAGUAGACGUUGUUUGCAAUUUGAAGACACUCAAGGCAAAAUCAUUCCAAACAGUGGUUAUCAGAAUUCUUCUGGAAGUGACGGCUAUCCUAGGUCACCUGCCAGUCCUGCUGGUUCAGAAGUCCUUGAAUCAGCUUCGCUAAAUAAACCUGCUAGUCCCAGCAAUAGGCUAUUGGCUAACAUGACCCCACCAUUUUUUUCUCCUCAGACCAGUGGAAAUUACAAUUCCAAACUUCCCAAGCGGUCGGGCAUUGGAUUGCACUUAAAUAGUAUCAUAAAUUCUAUGCAGAUGGGUUCUGGUGCAAAGGUUAGUAUGAGAUCAGCUGAGAGAGGUAGUUUUAAUGGGCUUGGUAAGAAGUCCAUGUCUAUAACAGGCAGUAGUUUGCAUCAUAAUUUUUCGACGUCUGCAAAUGUGGAGGGUGUUCCUAUUUCUGAUGAGAGUAGGCACAAUGAGCAUGCCUCAGGUGCUGCAAAUUCUGCUAGUACUUUGUCUCCUUGCAGCAUGAAACCGUUGUAUGAACCUGUGGUUUUGAAACCAAUUGAGCUUCAACCAAAUUCUUCAAAUAAGAGGAUGUGUACCUCUGAAACUUCUGACAGCUUCGUGGAUUUUGGCCAGUCAAGCCCAAAAAAGAAAAGGAAAAAAACAUUGGAUGCUGGUGAUGGCAGUGGUUGCAAACGCUGCAAUUGCAAGAAGACCAAAUGCUUGAAAUUAUACUGUGAUUGCUUUGCUGCUGGUAUCUAUUGUGCUGAACCUUGUGCUUGCCAAGGCUGCUUCAACAGACCUGAAUAUGAAGAUACUGUUCUUGAAACACGACAACAAAUUGAAUCUCGAAAUCCACUCGCAUUUGCUCCAAAAAUUAUACAGCAUCUGACUGAACCUCCAACAAAUGUUUGUGUGGAGGAUGGGUCGCAUUUUACACCUUCAUCAGCGAGGCACAAGAGGGGAUGCAAUUGCAAGAAGUCAAAGUGUUUGAAAAAGUAUUGUGAAUGCUAUCAGGCUAAUGUUGGAUGUUCUGAUGGAUGUCGAUGUGAGGCAUGUGAAAACGUCUAUGGCCAAAAGGGAGAAUUUGGUAUGAUCAAGGAUCUGAUUAGCAAACAUGGUGAGAAAUUGGAUAGUUCAUUUGGCACAACGCUGGAGUCAGUGGCAUCAAAAGAUGGUUUACUGCACAAUGAAUUAUACAAUCCUCACAGCUUGACUCCUCUAACUCCUGCAUUUCAGUGCUCAGACCAUGGAAAGGGUGCUCCAAAAGCUUGGUUAUCUUCUGGGGGGUAUCUUCAAUCACCUGAAUCUUGUCUAACCUACUUAGCACCAUAUGGAAUGUCCCCAGGACAAGCUGGAAAUCCUGAUACUCACAACAUGAUAAUAGAAGCUAAUACUGGGAUUAUGGAUCUAGUUUCAUUUGGCCAGGGGAUAGGGUAUGGCAAUGAACAUACGGUGAAUCAGAGCUCUCCUAGAUGUGAAGUACCAAGAAAUGAUGGGCGCCUUGCAGCCCUGCCUGAUCCACAGGAUUGGGAAAAUACAUCAAGAGCUCAAACCUAUGCAAAUCACCAGGUUUCAUCUGCAAAUUCCCUUCGCUGGCGUAGAUCAUCUACCCAUUUUGAUGGAACCAAACCUGAUGAAGCAGUUGACUUUGAUGGUGGACUAUAUAGCAUCUUGGAUGAUGACACACCUGAAAUUCUGAAGGAGACCCCCAUGCCACCUAAUGCUAUAAAAGUAAGCUCGCCUAAUAAGAAGCGAGUUUCUCCUCCUCAUGGUCAAGGGACUGAGCCGGGUUCUAGCUCGUCCACAGGUUUGAGAACUGGCCGCAAGUUUAUAUUGCAAGCAGUUCCUUCUUUCCCACCACUUACACCAUGCAUUGAUUCCAAAGGUGCUACUGGUAUGAAUAAUUCCCAGAAGUCUAGUAGCGGCAAAUGACCCAUAAUACCAAUAGGUAAUACUAGAUAUAGGUCUAUUUCACUAGAUCAGUUCAUAUUCCGACUGCACAGAAGUUAACAGCAGCUUGUACCCGUUCAGCCAAAAACAUUUCAGAAACCAGAGCUGCAAGAAGUAUGGAAGGCUUCAUUAGUAAUAAGGUCAUGGAGGAAUAUCGCCCCAGUUGCUGUUUCAGUGCUUCCUCACAUGGGCCCCUAUCUCCUCUCCAUUCCUGAUUUUCCCCCUAGAUUCUUUGAUGUCGAAUAUGUUAUAUUCCGAACUAGGAGCAAGUAGACUCUACUUUGGCUACAUUUAUAGACCUGUGGUUUUCAUCAAUCUAUUGUUCUUUCUUUCUGUCC